GAACGUGAUUGGAUAAUAUAUAUGCACUACUAGUAGGUUCAUCUGACAUUGACAACAUUUGAUAUGGUGAAUAUUUUGUCAUUAAUCAUUUACAUUAUUUUGUUCUGAGUGUGGCAGAAACAUGCAACUCUAAGUGCCAUGGCAAAAGGAACGCUGUUUGCACCUUGAGUCUAUUUAGGGCCACUGGUAAGUGUGUUAUCAGUUUUACCAAGUGCAAUACCAAAGAUACUGAGCUAGCACUGCAGGCCUACAAGUUUACAAUGAACAACAAGCUGUCACGUAUCACCAGGCAGCAUGCUCCCAUCUGCCUCGUUACAGUCAAGCAUGCAUUAUCUCACCCUCACGUGUGAGCGAAACGCCACCGCAUUGGUCAUUUCAGACCGAGGGAAGUUGUUUUUGUUAUAAUUCAGGAAGAACCCUACUCAUUUAAAAAAUUGGUUGGGAUUUUUGUCAGAAUGACAUUAUUUUCAAAGGAAAUUAUAAUAAUCUUGAGCCUUAUCGAGUGUGGAUAGCGAGCUCCUGUGUCGAGCAAAUAGAUACAUUUCCCAUCACCUGCCAAUCAAUCACCAUUCCAGUCCAGCCACCCGAACUGUGUGGUCGGACCAGGUCUGGCCUGUUGGCAUGGCGAUGAUGGAGGAAGGGGCACGGAGCUGCCUGCUUCAGUCACGCUCCAGCCUGGAGCAGGACAUCAGGGCUUCCUACCUGAUGGAUCACAUGAUCAGUGACGGCGUGCUGACGGGGACGAGGAGGACAGGAUCAGGAGCAAGCCACCAGGAGAGAGCAGGCGGCGGCCCUGCGGAGCUGCUCCUGAGGAAGGAUAACCAGGCCUACAUCUCCUUCUACAACGCCCUGGUCCGUGAGAGCUACGGAGACCUGGCCAGCCUGCUCCACAACAGCCUGCCUGUCUCCCCUGAGGCUGAGAAGAGCUUCUCAGACGGGGGCACCCGCUAUGUCCAGGCGGUGCUGAGUGAGGGCGGCGUGCCCCAGAGACCCGUGGUGUUUGUGAGCCGGCCAGCACUGGUGAACCGGGUCAGGGAGAAGCUCUACCGCUUGCAGAAGGAGCCCGGCUGGGUCACUGUGUUCGGCAUGGCCGGCUCCGGCAAGUCUGUCUUGGCUGCGGAGGCAGUCCGAGACCACGCACUCAUCACAGAGUGUUUUCCAGGAGGAGUCCACUGGCUGUCCAUAGGCCAGCUGGACCGGCUCGACCUGCUGGUUAGGAUCCAGUCACUGUGUUUCCGCCUGGAGCAGCAGAGCCAGGAGAAAGACCCCAUGUCCUCAGUCCACCGGCCUCCUGGCUCUCUGGAGGAGGCCAAGGAGCGACUACGCUUCCUCAUGCUCCGUCGUUACCCCAGGUCGUUGCUGAUACUGGAUGACAUCUACAGCUCGGUGCUCAAGGCCUUUGACAUCCAGUGUCGAGUACUGCUCACCACCCGAGACAGAAGCCUAGCCGACUGUGUCAGCGGUUCUAAGUCUGAGGUGGCAGUGGAGAGUGGUCUGGAGGAGGAUCAGGCCUUGGAGAUCCUCGCCCUGUAUGUCAACGGGAAACCCCAGAGACUCCCAGAACAGGCCCGCAGCAUUGUCAGAGAGUGCAAAGGCUCCCCCUUGGUGGUGUCCCUAAUCGGGGCCCUGCUGCGGGAGUUCCCGGACCGCUGGGCCUACUACCUGCACACGCUCCAGCAGAAGAAGUUCAAGCGUAUCCGUAAGUCGUCUUCGUAUGACUACGAUGCCCUUGACCAGGCCAUGGCUGCCAGCAUCCAGGUCCUGUCUGAGGAACACAGGGAGCUGUACAUUGACCUCACCGUGCUGGAGAAGGACGUCAAAGUACCUGCCAAGGUUCUGUCGGUUCUGUGGGAUCUAGAACCGGAGGAGGUGGAGGACGUUCUCCAGGACUUUGUGAACAAGUCCCUACUGUUCCGUGACUGUCACCACCGGCCCUACCUCUACUACCUCCARGACCUCCAGCUGGACUUCCUGGCUGAGAUGAACCGCUCUGGUCUAGAYAGCCUCCACACCAAGGUGGUGCGUCAGUACCAGCAGCGCUACAGCCAGGGUCACCCCACCUCAGGAGAUGAAGAGUGCCUCUACUGGUUCAGAUUCCUCACCUACCACAUGGCCAAGGCCAACCUCACACAGGAGUUGUGCUCUCUGAUGUUCUCUCUGGACUGGGUCAGAACUAAAGCUCAGAUUAUGGGACCGGCUCAUCUCAUCAAUGACUAUGUGGAGUACGGCGCCAUACUGGACAAAGAGAACAGCGAGGUGCGGGUCCACUUCCAGGAGUUCCUGUCUCUGAACGGCCACCAGUUGGAGCAGCGUCCGUUCCCUGACGUAGUGCAGCUGGCCCUGUCCCAGCCAGACUCAUCUGAGGUGUACCGCCAGGCCCUGCUGCAGGCGCAGGAGAGGGCCACCGGAGGGGGACUCUACCUUGACUGGGUGAACAAAAGUAGUCUGAAGAGCCUGUCUCGUCUGGUGGUCCAGCCCCACCAGGGAUCCAUCUACUCUGCCUGCUUCUCCCACGACGGCACCAAUAUCGCCUCCUGUGGCUCCAGCAAGACACUGCGAGUGUUUAAGAGCACCUCUGGGGAGAAGCUGCUGGAGAUCCAGGCCCACGACGAUGAGGUGCUCUGCUGCGCCUUCUCCCCGGAUGACCGUCUCCUAGCAACCUGCUCAAGUGAUAGGAAGGUCAAGGUUUGGAACGUGGAGCGUGGGACUCUGAUGAGGGUGUUUGAGGACGAACACGAGGAGCAGGUCAACCAUUGUCAGUUCACCAACACAAGCUUACGCCUCCUACUGGCCACCUGCUCCAACGACAAGUUCAUGAACACCAAGCUGUGGAACAUCAAUAAACCCUCCUCCCAGAACACCAUGUUUGGUCAUUUGGAGCCUGUCAAUCACUGCUGUUUCUCCCCUGAUGACGCCUACCUCUCCACCUCUUCCAACGACGGAACCCUGAAGCUGUGGGAGGUGUCCUCGGCCAAUGAGUGGAAGUCCAUAGACGUGGCGGACAUGUUCCCGGAGCAGAGCGAGCAGACGGAGGUCAUGGUGAAGUGCAGCACCUGGUCAGCAGACGGCAGGACCAUCAUCUGUGCUGCCAGGAACGCAGUCUUUGUGUUUGAUGUAGAGACGGCGGCCAUGUUGUUGGAGAUCCGGACCAGUCGUCUGAGCACGGUGCAGUACUGUCACGCCUGUCCCAGCAGCAACCUGGUGGCCAUCGCACUGUCACACUAUGCUGUGGAGCUGUGGGACAUUGAGACCAGUAAGAAGAUGGCUGACUGUAGUGGUCAUCUGAGCUGGGUCCAUGGAGUCCAGUUCUCCCCUGACGGAUCUCUACUGCUCUCCUGUUCUGACGACCAGACCGUCAGGGUGUGGGAGACUAAUAAAGUCCACACCUCCUCGGCUGUCUGUCUGAAGAGGGACUCUGACGUGCUCUUUAACAACGGUGACAUUACUGUGGUCGCCGCCGACAACUGCAACAGACUGCAGGUGAGGAAUGGGAGGACCGGAGCGGUGAUGUUCCAGUCAGAGGACCAGGAGUCUUGUAUCCGCUGCACUGCUAUCUGCUCACAGACCUCAGCCGUGGGGCUGGGACGAGAGGAUGGGACGAUACAGGUGUUGGAGGUGCCGUCGGGGACCUCUCUAGCCACUCUUCAGGGUCACACCAGGACAGUUCUCCACUGCCAGUUCACCCCGGAGGGACACACACUCAUCACCUCCUCUGAGGACACCACCAUACGGGUGUGGAGGUGGAGGACAGGUGAGUGUGUGGUUCUGGAGGGCCACAAGGAGCAGGUCAGAUGUUUCUCUCUGCUCACGACCUCAUCCUCAGAGACACAUCUCCUCAGCUGGUCCUUUGACGGCACCAUCAAGGUGUGGGACAUGUCUAGUGGUGAACGGCUGCAGGACCUAGUGUCACAGGGGGCGGUGCUAGCCUGUGACGUGUCGCCUGACGGACAGCUCUUCGCCACCACCUCCGCUGACAAGACUGCUAAGGUGUGGAGCAGUGCAUCGUGGGAGUGCGUGCGCCUGUUGAACGGCCACCAGGACUGUGUCCGCAGCUGCCGCUUCUCUUGGGACGGCCGGCGCCUAGCAACCGGUGACGACAACGGAGAGAUACGGGUGGCUGUGAACGUGAAGGAUGGUACUCUGCUAAAGAUCUGUUCCGUGACAACAAGACGCAUGGACGCUCUGCAGGAGGCUGAGGUGACCGACCUGCACUUCUCCCCAGACAACACUGUGCUGCUGCCUACAGGAGGAUACAUUAAGUGGUGGAACGUGGAGAAAGGAGAGCCUCCAGACCGUUACCCGACAGGACCAAUCUGA